AUGGUGGGACCUUCCAGUACCCGCCCCGACAGCCCGCAAAGCAUCCCAAGGGCCGGCGUCGUAGUCACCUCGUCCCGUCAGAGCCAGCGGCGGAGCAGCAGCAGCUCCGCCGCCUCGGCCUUCGCCAUCGCGACGGCCGGCUCCUCCAAUCCGCGCGACCACCCGGCGCCCAGUCAGCAGCCGUGGACGGCGGCCGAGCGGCGCCAGAGCUGCAAGCGCCAGGAGAGCAUUGUCUCCACGGCGGCCACCAUGCGCGUGCUCAACGUGCUCCGACACUGGGGCUCCAAGCACUUCCAGGACUUUGAGAGCGACAACCAGCUGAAGAACCUGACGAUCGAGUUCCUGGAGGACGUGAUGAGCUCGCGGACGAUACUGCCGACCGAACACAAGGCGGCCAGCCAGCUGUACCACAUGAUCACGAGGGAGGAGCCGGCCAGAAACCGCGUCACCUUGGACAGCCUGCUGGCGCCGCCGCUGACGCCCAGCAUGGAAAGCAUAGACACCUUGUCUGCUCUGGACAUUGCGGAGCAGAUGACGUACCUGGACCACCAGAUCUUCAUGGCUAUCAGGAGCGAGGAGUUCCUCUGCCAGAACUGGAUGAAACCAGAGAAGAUGCAGAAGGCUCCACACAUCGUCAUGAUCACCAGACGCUUCAAUGAGGUACACGUGAGGGAGUGA